AUGGCAUGUACUAAUUCUGUAAUUGCUGACAAAAAGUGUUUUGAAGAAGCUACUUGCAUAUAUUGUGCAUUCCAUGGACUUAAGUGUAUUUAUGCUAAAUCGGUUAAAAAACGAGGACCAAAAAUGACCAAUAGAUCAGCCAACAUUUUUGAAAAUAACUUCA